AUAUGUCCGUGGUAGUGACUAGGGAGCCGCCCAAUAUCUGGGACGAGAUCUGCAAGGAGUUUCAGCUUGCAGACCCCUUCAGACAACAAACCAAGAGCAAGGUUGACCCAAAAACAGUCCAAUUUUCCAGUAGUAAUUUGCACCCGGCCCUGUUCGACUGCAAAUUCACACACAAUGACAUAGACGCCAAUUGUCUCUCAGAAUUUCAAAUUGACACUUGUCACCCCGCAUUCGCAGGUCUAGUGAAACUCACUGAGGAUGACAGCGUGGAGUCCGCCGAGGAACAGGAGCAGGACCAUCAUAUAUUGGACACGGUCGACCUGAUCAACUGUUCGCCGAGAGAGUACCUGGAGUCGCAAGUGUUUCCGGUUUUGUUGCCGGGUCUGCUCGAGUUGUUGCAGAGGGCUGGGAAAGAGCAGUGCUUCGAGAGGAAAUACUUCCGGUUCAACGGGUGCGACUUUCUCACAGAGUACCUCUACAACCACAACCCAAAACACCAGGAAAGCAGAGACUACACGAAGUUGGACGAGAUUCCCUUCGUGCGGGAGAGGAACGAGACACAUCCUCGGAAGCCCCUCCCCUGGUCACUCAUCUGGACAGAGGAAGAGGCCGCACUCCGCAUCCAGGCAUUCUUCCGCGGGUUCCAGGUGCGCAAACAGGGCGAAGUACAGGAGUUGCGUCAGUAUCAAAGAUCAAUGCGAGAAGAGGCGGAGGACAUAGGGAGCAAAGUGAGCGACUUCUGGGCCAGACAGGAAGCGAGAAGUGACAGCAGACACUCAUCCAGGACAUCCAGACAGCAGUCGGCUAGAAACUCUCUCACUGCUGCCAGCAAUAGAUCAAACCAACAACAGUAGCAGCAGAUCAAAGCAAAACAAGACAUUAUGAGCUGACCGAAGUUGAAAUUUUACAGUCCCGGCCAAAUAGAAACAGUAAUUUUAACUCAUUUUAACAUCUAUAAAUGUACAGCUAUUGUAAAAUGUACACAUGUACAUAAUUAAAGAUAUGCAGCGAUUUAAACAAAAUGUAAAUAAAUAAGUUUGAAU